AAAUUUGGUCUGCAGAUAAAUGCAGAGCUUGAAAAUAUCGAGUACGUGAAGGCAGUCGGAGAUGACUUUAGGUGGUACAUGAAAGUAAGGAUGUGCACUUGUAAUAUCAGUAAGUGCGGAACUGACACUGAAAACUUCCCUUUAAGCACUGGCAAAGGAGAUGCUAGCUUGGUGAUAAAAUGCAAACUUUGCAAGAGGGAGAGCUCACUUGACAUAAUAGAAGGAAGUGUUGCUGCCUAUACCAAUGAGAAAUCAGGAGAAUUCGCUACCAUUGUUACAUUUGAUUGCAGGGGUGUCCAUCCGACAGAUUUCUCUCCCAGGAUUGGCUGGGAAGUGAAAGGACUGGGGUCAGAUGCCAUCUUUUCAGAUGUUGAUCUUUCAAAUCUGGAAUGGUUUGACUAUGAUGAAAAAGCUGGCCAGACUGUGAGCAUUACAGAAUUAAAGUAUAGGUUUGCCACAGUCAAGAUUUAA